CAAUUUUACAACCCAAUGCCUACCACAGUAGGCAUUCUUGCUCCACCACUUGGGCGCGUCCGCCUUGCUAUAGCCCAACUUCUCGCCAAUCUAGCUGCUAUUUUGCCUUCUCUUCGAUCACGUCCUGUCGAUGCUAUUACCAGUUCAACCGCUUCUGGCUUAAGCUACACCUCACCACAUUCACCUAAAGACCACUCUUCAACUUGUCCUUCGGCGUUUUCCGGCUGCAGGUCAGCUGCGGAGCAGGACGAUUCACUUUCCACAGAUUUAGUUGUGUCGGCCCCCUUGUUAGAUGCGCCUUCUGUCUCCAAAAGUAACACAGAAAACACUUCUUCGAUGGCCCGCUCUGAAUCAUUACGAUGGGCCCUUCUCCACGGCCUCCUUCGAGAAGGUAUUCUGACCACUCUCUUGCUUAUAAAUUUUGGCGUUACUGGUUUCCCUUUCACAAAGACGGCUUUUAUACUCUCAGAUGUUUAA